CAUGCCACCACAGUUGAUUCUUUGGGAAGGCAUUGUCAUGCAAAUAAAGGACGCGUAAAAUAUUUCCCCGGAGCGCAGAGCAGGGCAGAGACUCAUACGGACCGCAAGGAGGGCAACACGGUGGCUUUCUAUCAUUUGCGUCGCCACGGACCCGUCCAUCUGUCACAGACACCCUGGCCACAUGAGCAGCGACAUACAGCCAGGUCGCAGGUUGGACUGCUGAAGGAAAAAACCGACGGGGAUCCAACAACGAGGAGGCUGCCCUGUGGAGAUAGUGGUCAUACUUCCAGUCUCACUUAGUGAAGUCUGAGGUGUCUUCUCUUCAUCCCCUUGCGCGGGUUACCUGCUGCUGCUACAGAAGGGGGACCCCUGGAUCUCUUGAGAGUACCCUUUUUAUGUUUUAGGGGAUUUAGGAUUUUUCUAAUAUUAACAUUUUUGCACACCAAGUGUGUCAUUUUCUCUAUUGUCCUUUUUGGGAUAUAUACAGUGAUCCUCUUUUUUUCCGUUUUAGAACUAUAAAGUGCCUUAAUAGCUGGUCAUAAUCCAGUGUAACUGUGGCAUUGUUACCUGACCAGAGACGCUCAACAGGGAGAAGACGAAUCUAUUAUCGGCUUUAGAGCCCAGGCAGGAUUACGUGUUCUCCACCCUCCAGCGAGCUGCAACCAUGAGCCAGGCGGACGUGUCGACUUGCUCUGCACCGCAGAGGGUUUUCCAGGAGGCAGUAAAGAAAGGCAACACGAAGGAGCUGCACUCAUUGUUGCAGAAUAUGACAAACUGCGAAUUCAACGUCAACUCCUUCGGACCAGAAGGACAGACAGCUCUCCACCAAUCCGUCAUUGACGGCAACCUGGAGCUGGUAAAACUACUGGUGAAGUUUGGUGCAGAUAUCCGGCUGGCCAACAGGGAAGGGUGGAGCGCUUUACACAUCGCCGCCUUCGGGGGCCACCAAGACAUAGUGCUAUACCUCAUCACCAAGGCCAAGUAUUCUUCUGGCGCCCGGUGAUCUGUCUCUGCUGUCAGGUAAAAAAAGAAAAAAGAAAGAAAGAAAAAAAAUCAAAUAAAAAAAAUCAAAUAAAAUAAAAAAAUAGAAAGAAAGUAGAAAAUUUGAAGAAGAAGAAGAAAAAAAACAAACAUCAAUAACAAAUUCCAUUUUAAACUGCAACACAAUACACGGAAAAGCCAGGCUCUUUUAAAGGCAAAAAGACUGUCAUUAAUUACAUAGUUGUGCCAAAUUAUAUUAAAAAGGAAAUAAAACAGGCCUGCACAGUAAUCUUGUCUCACUGUAAACCAAACGGGAACCUUUCUGCACUCCUGAGUGAAGCACCGCAUGGUUCACUGCAGCGUUUCAGCACGAAUCUUUCACACACAGAGAAAAAGAUGUCGUUUUUGAAAAGCAUCCAAUUUCGGUGAGUUUGUUGGUACUAAAGCUUUCUUCUUGAAUGUUCACAUAAGAUCCCAUUCUAAAAGAAACCAGUCUGUAUUUAUCACAUCGUGUGUGUGUUUGGACUCCAGAGUGCAGAUGGCUCAGUUUUUCUGUCCCUGACCUCCCAUUCUCGGUUCAGCUGACUAGUUUCUUUGUGGGAAUACAGAUCUGACCUGUUGCUCCUCUACUGUUCUGUUAUAACCCUUUUUUAAGAAAAAUAAAAAAUAAAAUAAAAAAUAAGUUAUUUUAUGUGAAACAUGGCACUUGAUGCUACAUGGCUGCAUGCUGGAAUAUCUGAAAGGGAAGACGCAUGAACAAGAGAAGAAGGGUUGCCCUCUGUUGGUUACCAGAGGUCUAUUUUCUUAAAUAAAUGUAAUUUUCUUAACUCAAAGGGCGACAACAUGGCUAUCCAAUACAUUUUUAGACAUGUAAUCAUUAUGUAACAACUGAUUCCAUCAUUGGUGUGAAGUACUGUACACAAAUAGCUUUACUUUGUUUUUAAAGGACAAAAGAGAGAGAGAGAGACAGUAUCUGAAUGAGUUCUGCAAGCAGAAAUUGCCAUAUGCUGGCGUCCAACUUUUCAGGCCAGUGCGACCACUUUGCCAGUGGUCAUUGUGUUAUUAAAUCCGCUGCUUUCGCUUUGUAUCAAAUAAAAUUGGAAUUCACUUUAUAAUCUCCUUUCAGUAUUCUAUUAACAUCCUAGUCAUCACUGUGAAAGCAGGCUGGGUUUUAUUCUUUUAAUUUAUGAAGGUACAUUGAAAAGAUGCAUUUUUGAUUAUGUUGUGGUUCUUCUAAAAAGAAAAUCUGCAGUGUAAGAAUAUCAUGAGUGACUCAAGCUGCUUCAGACUCUUAAGUGUAAACUGCCCCAUGUGGAGGUAGACCUGCCCCCCCUCCCUACCCAACAUAACCCUAGAUACCCCCACCGCUUUAGCCUGUCGACCCUCAAGAGGACUCUCUCCUCCUCCCCCUCCUCCUCUUCGAGUUUAAAUGACUUUCGUUUGGUUGCCUUUUUCCCAGCUACCUCGACUUUUAAGUAUUCUCAUGUUGCUCCGCUUUCUCACCUCUCUGCCACAUUGCAUUUUGAGUCUGAAUAGAGAGAUUCACAGUUUUUGUCUGUGAACCUCCUGCAUGCUAGUAUGUCUCUGCUAUGUAGUCUAACAGACAGAUGGACUUUCAGUGCAGAAGAUGCAAUCAACCCAUUUCUGCAUCCUCAGUUGGGACAGUUUAUUUUUACACUACAACCAAACCAGUGCUGACAAGCAAAACAUAAUCUUGUCUUCCUGCAAAGGAGUCUGUCUUUUCUCCCUAGUGCAUGUUUCUAAACCCCAACCUUUCUCCCUCUGUGUCCUCAUUAGCCUUUUAUUUUUCUAUAUUUGUUCACUCGUUCAUAAAUGGAAAUGUCUCGCAUGACUUAUUAAAGCAGGGAGUUAUAUUGCACAAAAAUACGGAGCCUUGUGCGCCCCUAGUGUUCACACGGGGUAAUUUCAGGAGCCAAGGCUUUGGAAUAGUUACUACUACUGAGCAGGACCCUCAUACUGUUGGACGAUGAAGACUUAAGAAAAACAACAACACAUGACUGUUGCAGGAUGUCACACAACAAAAGGAAAAUUAGGUCUCAUAAACUUGCCUGCUGCAUAUUUGAAAGUCAUGGCACCAUAACAUUUGUAACAAUGCUGCUUGUUUGUUCCUUUUUUCUUGUUAAUGUUAAUUUUUUGUUUCUUUUAUAUAUAUAUAUUUUAAAAUCUGACUGCUAAAUUGGCCAACAGUUGUGUAGAAGCUUCAAGCAACACUGGUUCAACUCAUGAGAAGCUAUUGAGAAAGUGUUUUUGUUUUCUUUUUGUUAAAGGACUGAUGUGUGUUUGUAUGUUUAUGUUAUUGUGCACUUCUCAUGAGGCCUGUGUCAAACAGAAUGAGAACUUCCCAACCUGGACCCACCAUAAUUAUCCCAAAACCAUAGUCCAACCACAUCUGGUUUAGUUUGGUAACAGGCAACACAUGAAAUAUGCAUCGCUUGUUUAAAACUUGAUUCUUUUUUUUUUCUUUUUUUUUUGAAUAUUGCACUGAUGACUGUUGUUGAAAAGUUGGCUUUUAUGUGUCAACAUUAAUUUUUUUCUGAAUAGAAAAAAACAAACACAACAAAAUACUAUUGUAUAAAUAUAUGCUCCAGGUGAUAAUGUCCUAAUGUGUGUAUUACUUUGUGGAAAAGAAAACAAACUGUUUUUCAACAAAGAUGCGUGUAUAUCUGUGAUUGGGUGUAUGUAUAUAUACAUAUGGAUAUAUAUAUCAAUGCUGAUGAUGAUAUCUUGGGGCACUUUCUUUUCUGAAGUGCUGUCUUCCUGUUUUGUUUUUUAAAGGGGAAUAAUACAUUUGAUGGUAAGAUCAUUGUAACAUGAUUAAGAGAAUUGCACGGUUGUGCAGUUAUUUGGCUUACCAGGUCAUAACAUUUAUGACGUAAGGAGCCAGCUGCCGGAUUGAUGUACAUGAGUGAGAUAAUUUUUUUUCUAUAAAAAAUUAAGAAAAGAAAAAAAAGGGCAGACAAAGAAAUGAGAAGAGAAAAAGUGCUGACUUCUUUGGGCCAACUUGUGUUUCUGGUCUUUCUUCAUUUCAAGUGAGAGGAAACAUGAAUUUUUAAUGAGUGAUGCAGAUGUUCCAUCUUGUCUGAUAUUUGUUUUUUGUUUUUGUUUGUAUUCUUUAUUUUUGAACAUUUGUAACACUGUGAUGAUGACGUCAUGUCACGUGGAGAUGAGUGCUGUAUUAUUUUUGUACGUUUGUGUACAAGCCAGUAAAAAAAUCAUUAAACUCAAAA